CUGAAAUCAGGAGCCUAUCCCCACUGAACAUCGUGCAGCACUGUCAAUGCAGUUGCAUGUAGUUCACUGCGUUCUUUGUCUUAGCUUUUAGUGUGAUUGGCACUUUGGCUCUUCCCAGCGCAUCCUGCAAGCUUACCACGUCGCUUAGUCUACGCAUAGAAAUACAAGAAUGCAAUCGCAUAGAAUCCACUCUUUGUUAUCAGAAAGCUACUUCCGUGCAAGCCGAGUAGGUACUUGCAUCGCCCAACGCCAACGUCCAGCCACCAAUCCGCCUGGAGCCUCGACAGCGGCCACCUCAGCUGCCCCACUGCUGCGGACGCUCCCGGGGGCAGGAACACCCGCAUUCGGACCCACCACCGCACCCGCCAUUCGGUGUUGCCACAACGCAUGCACCCGCCAGAACCUCAGGGCAGUAUCAGUGGUGCAAUGUGUGCCGUCAGCCGCUGCCGGCAAUGUUGCUGCUGCGACCACGGCAGGAGGAGGAGCCCCACCUGGCUCCAGCAGCUGUAGCGCCCCUGUUGAAGUAUUAGCAGCGCUGCCUCCAACGAAUGCCGUGCAAGGCGGUGGAAGUAGUCCCACACACCCGCCAGCUGUUGUACAGGAUGACGUACAGUUGCUGCCAGCAGACGUUGCACGGCAGUUUCCUGGCGGCGAGUUCAGCAUUACGAUGCAGGUCCGAGAUUACGAGUUGGAUCAAUUCUCUGUGGUUAACAACGCCGUCUACAGCAGCUACUUCCAACACGCUCGUCACGAGGCGUUUGCGGCGCUGGGUCAUGACGUGGACGAGUACGGGCGGCGGGGCGCUCCGCUGGCCCUGUCGCAGCUCAAUAUCACGUUUAGGGCGCCCCUCAGGUCCCGAGACACCUUCCGCGUCACCCUCUCCACGACCCGCGUGACGGCUGCCCGCCUGCUGCUGCACCAGCGCAUCCUCCUCAUGCCGCGAAGGCAGCAGCAGGACGCGGGUGCAGCGCAGGUGGGGUCGGCAGGGAGCCAGCAGCCGGAGCGCCAGGAUGAGGUGGUGGUGGCGGAGGCGGAGGCGGUGGUGGUGUUCCUGGACUCCCAGUACCGACCCGCGCGGGUGCCGCGUGAUGUGGCCAGGUUGUUCCAAGCCCUAGCGGACUUGCGGGGGCAGCAGCAGCAGACAAUGCAGUAGCAUGGGCGGGAGGGGAUGAAACAGGAUGGGGUCGUGGGAAGAAUCAGAGGGGGCGUAUAUGGAUUGGGGCAGCAUGAGAAUGACAUCGUUGGGUUUGCAAAGGCACCCGUUAUCAUGCUAAAGCAGCAGCAUCAGCAGCUCCAGAUGGUGGGAAGCGAUGUCGGGUGGUAAUGCUGUUAGGCACGUACUUUGGGACGCGACCAUGUACACGGCGUGUACAUGGUCGCGUACUCAUCCUUGUCUUUUGCGGAUAGUGUCCAUGAGGUCGGUGAGGUAAACACUAGUACGUAGUGACAGCAGCCCUGUGCAUCCAAGCGGUCAAGACACUUCAUGUACGAUGUCACGAAUGCCUUACAGGUGGCCCCGGGUAUUGUGAGACAGGGGGUAUUGUGAGACACUCCAAAUUAUGGC